AGGUAGCAUAGUUGUCAUAAUGUGUCACCUGACUGUAACGCACGUGUGUUAAUGUGACUUCAGGUCUUGAAGGCAUAUAAAAUGGCAUGAUGAUAUCAUCAAGCCAUGCCUGCUUGUGUAAAUAACCUUUCCCCUACUCCUAGAAAGUUCAUGUUUAAAUGCAUAAAUAUGACACAUACACUAUUUAAAUGUAAAAUGCAGUGUUUCUCUCAGAAAUUUUACUGUUUCUGUGUAAUGAAUAAAGACGGAGUUGGAAACGGUUUGUUCUAAAUCACAAAUACCCUCUUCAGUUAAAUAAUGUUUUCAUAAAAGUAGUGCUGUACAUGACAAACAAAUUCAUAUUAGUCCAAAUUUUGGCAGUGACUUCAAAACCUGGGUGUUUUUCACUUGUUAUUAAGGACUUUGAAAGGCAAUUUUGAGAUAGAUCGAUAACCAAUAUUUAAUUUAAUUACUUUUUUAUUUUCUUAAUUUUUUUGACCAUUUAGGUCACAAAAAUUAUAAUGUAAUAACAACAAUAUUAACCAAUACAUAUUAGCGCAUAUAAUGUUUUUAUUGUUGUAGUCUAAUGAUCAUGCAGUUAUUAUUAUGUCAUAAAGCAGUAUCGUAUUUGUCAUCAAAGGGAAUACUGGUUGAUUUUGAAUCCAGUUUAAUAAUCGGUAGUGUAAUCAAGAAAAUACACUUUUAUCGAGUUUUUUUUUUUAAUUUGGCAGCCUAGACAAUGUGAUCACAUUAUCAGAUUUAUCGUUCAUCUCAACGUUUUCCAUGUGUUUAAUAGCAAAUGAUUCUCCUUUCUUAUGGGCAGGAAACCUGAACCAUCCAUUAGUAAUACAAGCUAUGACGUUGCUAGGGUACAGCUUGACUCUGGCAGGGUUGCCAUGGCAACCAUCAACAGUCUGGUAUAAAAAAGUUGUAAUAGUGAUAGCCCACCUGAAACUGAGAGAGCCAAAUGGUGGAAGGGUCACGGUAGUAACAACAGCUGUCAUUUAAAGCUAGAGAAAUGGGAAAUAUACCCGAACAGCUGGCUUAUAUGGCCGGGGAAACAUACCCUCUGAAGUCUCCGUCGCACUGAAGCUUUACUGUGUCUGAAAACCACUAAACACCUGUUUCUUGCUUACAGUCAUGAAGUCCUUUCUCCUGCUUGCCACAUUAAUGUGGUGUUUAGCGACAAAUUUCUCCUGGGCAGCUAAGAUAGUGGUAGUUCCUCCAAUUAUGUUUGAGAGCCACCUGUAUAUCUUUAAGACCCUGGCUUCUGCUCUCCACGCAGAGGGCCACGAAACAGUUUUCCUGGUCUCCGAAGGUCGGGAGAUCCCACCUUCCAACCAUUAUCGUCUCCAGCGCUACCCUGGAAUCUUUAACAGCACCUCAGCCGAUGACUUCCUCCAAUCAAAAGUUCGCAACAUCUUUUCAGGGCGUCUCACAGCACUGGAGCUUUUUGACAUCCUGGACCACUAUUCUCAAAACUGUGAUGCCGUUGUUGGGAGUGCUUCUGUCAUGGAGCAGCUAAAACAUGAACAUUUUGACCUCCUGCUUGUUGAUCCCAAUGAGAUGUGUGGAUUUGUCAUAGCUCACAUCCUGGGUGUCCAGUACGCAGUAUUCAGCACAGGAUUGUGGUACCCUGCUGAAGUUGGGGCACCAGCACCUCUGUCUUACGUCCCAGAAUUUAACUCUCUACUAACGGACCGUAUGUCAUUGUUGCAACGGGUAGCUAACACAGCAGUGUACCUGGUUUCCAGGUUUGGUGUCCAGUUCCUGGUUCUACCCAAGUAUGAUCGCAUCAUGAGGAAGUACAACAUCCAGCCAUCGGUGUCCAUGCAUGAUCUGGUUCAGAACAGUCGGCUCUGGAUGCUGUGUACUGACCUGGCACUGGAGUUCCCACGACCCACUUUGCCACAUGUUGUGUAUGUAGGGGGCAUCCUCACCAAACCCCCCAGCCCCUUGCCUCAGGACUUUGAGGCCUGGGUGAAGGAUACAGAUGAACAUGGUUUCGUGGUGGUGUCGUUUGGUGCAGGAGUCAAGUAUCUGUCAGAUGACAUUGCUCAGAAACUUGCAGGAGCCUUGAGCCGUCUACCCCAGAGAGUCAUCUGGAGGUUCUCCGGAGUUCCUCCCCCCAAUCUUGGCAACAAUACUAAACUAGUGGACUGGAUGCCACAGAACGACCUGUUGGGACAGACAAGCACACGGGCCUUCUUGAGCCACGGGGGCUUGAACAGCAUCUAUGAGGCCAUGUAUCACGGUGUGCCCGUGGUGGGUGUUCCGCUGUUUGGAGAUCACUAUGACACCAUGACACGAGUUCAAGCCAAAGGCAUGGGCAUAAUGCUUGAGUGGAAAAGAAUGAGUGAGGAUGACCUUUAUACUGCCAUGGUUAAUGUCAUUACAGACAAAAGGUAUCGUGAGCGAGCACAGUUGCUGUCUCAGAUUCAUAAAGAUCAGCCUGGUCAUCCAGUGAGUCGGGCAGUUUACUGGAUUAGCUAUAUACUCCGUCACCGUGGCGGCGAUCACCUCCGCUCUGCAGUCUACGAGAUCCCCACCUAUCAGUAUUUCUUAUUAGACGUCGCCGUGGUGAUAGGAGCGUGCCUGCUUCUCCUUGGUUACUGCCUAUACCGAAUAAGCAAGUGCAUCAAAUCACGCAUGGGGCGCGGUUCAUCUGCAGUGGAGAAGGUGAACGGACACUGUCAUAAUGGGAUUCCAAAUGGCAAGCACAAAAAAAAUGGCCAUGUUAGAAGUACAGAGAAGAAACUAAAGUAAAGCACUAGGAGAAGUCAACACUAACGCUUUACUAAAGAGAGGAAUUAACUACUCUUCACUCAGAGCAGGGCCUAUCCAGGAAAUAAAUACAUGGGUCAAUAAAGAAACAAACCAACCAUUAUAACAAUGUACUGUAAGUAGGAAGCCAAAGUAAGGAAGAAUGGAAGGAAACCAGAAAACAUAAAUGGAAAACUCCUGAGGAUGUUUUUUUCCCAUUGAAUGGAGUUAAUGUUCAGUUGUUCAAUGGUCCUGAAUGUUGAUUUUAUCCUUGUGGAAAAAGCAAUGGUUCUGAAGUUUAGAAAUUUGUGGUUUUAACAAGAAGCUAUUAUGGGGCAUCAGGUUUCACUACAUCCAAAUACAUCAAAGAUCUCUAUCUAUUUAUAGAAAUUUCAUACUUUUUGCACACAGAGCACUGUUGACUGUUGUGCAUUGAAUUUAAUUUAUGUUCUAUAUUUAUGUCUCACGCACUCCGUCCCUACUUCAUUUUCAUUUCUUUAGCAAUGUUAAUUCUUGGACAUUAGCAAGCUAGCAUAUUUGCUAAUGUUUAUGUUGCCAGUCUUGCCUUAAUCUUUAAUUAUGUCUAGCAUGCUUUGCUAACUUACAACCUCAGCUAAUGCUGCUAGUUGCUACAUUGCUAGCUAGCUAUGCAAAAUGCAUAGAGUCUUUGUUGAGGAUAGUUGAACUUCAAAUCUUGCUUCCAUUUACAAUAAUUUGGGAUUUGGAGCCAGUAUACUGGUAUACUAACAUUCUUAGAACAUCACUACUUUACCACUUUUCCCCUUUUGUUUUGUUGUUCUCAUCUAGUGUCAUUUAAUGAAUUGAUAGCACAACUUUAGUUUCUUCAGAAGGGUGCAGAUCAUGUGUAACACCCCUUCACACAGUCCUCUUGUUGGGUUCAAAUGAGCAAAAUGAUGCAUUUUAUUUCAAUUAAGCCAUUUAACCAUACUAUUCUGUUGCUUCAUGGAUGUUUAGGUUUUUAAGUCAUGCACUCAGUUCAUCUUUACUGUAUAGUUUCUUUCAUUAAGCAAAUCAUGCUUAAACAGGGGAAGGGUUAUACAGUAGUUUUUAUGUGUGAGUGCCUGUGUGUCUCAAAAUGUCCCAAACAAACUAAAUUUUUAUUAGAACGCGUAUCAGGCUAGUGUUGUUAUCGAAGCAAAAGACUGUUUGCUUGUAUGUUCCCACAGAUCAAUAGGCCUAGAGUGACCUGGAGGAUUUUGGUACUGUAAUUAACAUAUCCCAUGGUGCUCUACUGCUUCUUUUCAUCAACGGACGUUCUGUGAAAGGCAAAAUAUUUUUUUGGUAACAUUUCAAUCUAACAUUUAGUUGUGCAACUUUUAAAAAAAUGUUUUUAAAGUGGCAAUAAACAGAACUUCUGCAAAUUAUUUGUGCGUUAAAGUGCAUUCUCACCCUCAGAGUUUUUUUUUUUUUUUUAAUGCCACUGGACAACUUGUUAUAAAAUCACAUGCUGGUUUUACAACUCAAUGAUAGACUGAACUGUUGCCAGUAAUAGUCUUGUUUUAGAAAUGUAUAAUUGUUUUAAAUGCACCGCAACAUUUGAAACGCACUUGAUUUAUCAAAAUACAAAGUGGUACAUACGUUACAGUGAAGCUUUUAUGAAUGACUAUGAAAUUGUGGACAUAUUUAAGCCAGUAGGCAUAGUUAUUUGCAUUAUGUGGAGAUUAUAAAGGUUGUCAGUUCUUGAAAAGUGUUGUAUAAUACAUUAGAACUGCACUGUCAUGUUCUACCACUGUUCAGAUAAACCAUAUUUUUCCCAGAUCACCAAACACCAUCACCGGCAAAUCACCCUAAGAACUCUAAGAAUCCAAAUCAAAAUAACUGAAAUGAAAAAUUACUGGAGUUAUAAAAAUUGGAAACUGUUUUUACCAUGAGGUUUAAAGCAUUUCUUCAGCCAAGCACUGUUUUAGACUGUCCAUACUUGAAAAUACACGGGCUGCAAAUGCAUCAGAGCUAUGACUGGUAAAACAGUGACGCACUCUCGCACACUUUGAACAUUAUAAUUAUUUUGUAGUUGUUUGUUUUGUAUGAUUUUCAGUAUUAAUAUUAGAUGGUUAACAACAGAGGAAAGCUGCAGAAGGGCUCUAAUACUAAAGGCUGUGUGUGUAUGUGUGAGUGGUUAUAGAUUGUGAUUUCAUAUGUGAAACGUAUGCAUGUACAUUUGAAUGGAGCCUAUUUGUGCCCAGCUUUCACUUUAUAUACUGAUAAUUUAAAACCAAUGUUCCAGUUCACUUUGAGUACAUCAAUGCCUUUCUUUGUCACUUGUAGUCUGUUUCCUGAUUAAGUCCUUGUAGAAUUAGUUGUUAAAAGCUGCUUGCAGGAGUUGUCUUUUUUUUCCAUUUUUUUUUUUUUUUUUCAUAAUGACUUCACGUGUGUCUGUGUUAUCAUGUACAUAAAAAGACAAACAAAAAUACUAAUGCUAAAUAAACAUUAAAAAUUUUGUUUGCU